CGCUGUACAGGAGUCCGCACGCUGCUGCUGCUCCCGCACACUAGACAGGGUGGCAGAGACAAAGACGCUCACACAAUCUCACGAGAGAGAGAGAGAAAGAGAGAGAGAGAGAAAGGGACAGUGAGGGAGAGGGAGAGAGAAAGAGAGGGAGAGAGAGGGAGUCAGAGAGAGAGAGAGAAAGGGAGAGAGAGAGAGAGAGAGAGAGUGGAUGGCCUGAAGGUGAGCUUCACUGAGUGUGCAGGACGCUGGUGUUUCCUCCCAAGCACGGAGAACCACCUGGACAGAGGCCACACGCAGACACGCGCGUGCUCUCACACACUCACACACUCGCACAUUCACACACAGGCAAGCGCAAGAGGACGGGCCAGGAGCGAGCGCUGGAACGUACUUAGAGGACUCAGAGGCUUAGAGGAGCCAGAAUCUCGCCGUUCCAUAAAGCCCACCGCCCCACGCCACCUGUUUCUCCAGACCGCGGGCUCGGAGCGGACCCCCCAUGUCGGACGAGGAGUGCCGCUCGCCCAUCGGCCUGGACUGCUGCAGCUGCUGCUUGGACCUGGCUAACGGUUGCGACGCCGUAGCCGGUCGGCCGGGCCUCACGGCCAUGGGCAGCCCCACCGUCACGCACUUCCGCCAGCUCCGUGACCAGCUCAUGUUCCAGAACCUCAACACGGACAAGCUCAACAACAUCAUGCGCCAGGACUCCCUGGAGUCGGUGGUGAGGGACCCCUGCUUCCUCCUGAACGAGGGCAUCUGCAACAGCAACAUCGACCAGACCAUGCUGUCCAUCCUGCUCUUCUUCCACAGUGCCUCUGGUGCUAGCGUUGUGGCCAUUGACAACAAGAUCGAGCAGGCAAUGGAUCUUGUGAAGAACCACCUGAUGUACGCCGUCCGGGAGGAGGUGGAAAUUCUGAAAGAGCAGAUUAAGGAGCUGGCGGAAAAGAACAACCAGCUGGAGCGGGAGAACAGCCUGCUGAAGAACCUGGCCAGCCCGGAGCAGCUGGAGAAGUUCCAGUCCCGUCUGCCCUCGGACGAGGCCCAGCUCCCAGAGAGCCAGCCGUCCGGCACGCCUGACCUGGGCACACUGCUCUGCUCCGGCUCUGCCGUGUGAGUGGCUCUGUCUUGGGGCGGGCAGAGCCACAGGCCUUACCUGAUAGGCCCAAAACCAUGUCGCUGCACAUCUUCUACGAAGCUGGCUGUACAGGACGAGAGAAAAACGAAACGAAAGCCCAGACUUUCAUAGCGGCCCAGCCUGUUUUCUGUGUAAUCUUAAAGAUGAAUGUGUAAAGAGGGCACUUAACGCGCCAGAGAAUGGUAGUGUUUGGACAGGAGAGAACCCCUCCGGUUCUAGGGGGCUAGCUCUCUUCUCCACCUCCCCCCCCCUGCUCCCCCGGCGACGAGGGGGAGAGGGUCAUGUGACAGGGCUGGUCCGGUGUCCUGACUCAGGGGGGUGCCUGAACGGCACCGUCCAUCGCUUGGCAGAUCCACGCCAAGUAAAAAAAGAAUCGCUCCAGAGAUGUGGAGAAAGACAGAGAAAGGGGGAGAGAGGGAGGGAAGAACGUCCGCCCUGUCUCUCACAACAGCCCUGUGGAUUUCUCACUUCUGAAGCACGGCGGUUUGGAAAUCCAAAAACAAGAAAAACAAAACUUUGCGUCCAUACAGAACAGUUCCCUCCUCAGCCUUCAUCUUUUAGUUUUAUUUUUUAUUUGUUUUAGUUUUUGCUUUUGAUUAGCAAAAACAAGAGAGGCAGAAACUCCUGGACUGGUGGAUCCAGGGGUGGGACUCUUGAACAGGGCUGAUCUGCUCUGCGUCACUGAUUACUGUGCGGUUCAUUAUAGAUCACGUUGCUUGUAUACUCUGCAGUCAGGGUCAUGCUGCUUAAGGGGGAAUCGAUUAAAGUCCUGCUUUUUUUUACCUUUGUUUUGUGAAACAGAGCAAAGUUUUAUAUAUUUUUGUUUUGAUUUGUCAGUAGGAGCAUUGUAACUGCCAUGAGACGAAUAAUGCCGAAGAAAUCCAUACAAAUUUGCAUAGCUCUGUAAAUUUGUACAUAGCAUAAAGUGAAGUAUGUGGAAUUGCGUCAAUGGAUAAAUGCAGCUGAUGUUUUUUUUUUUUUUUUUUUUUGCGGCAAGUGCACUCCCAGUAUAAGACUGAUCUGCUGUUUUUAUGCCAUAGAACUGAUGACACCAACCCGGGACUCCUAAAAAAAAAAAAAAAAAAAAAAAAAAUGCAAGAGACGGGUGUCAGACUGUUAUCCGAAAAUAGAAACACAAUUUCAACCUGAAAGAUGUGUUUUUCUAGCUACCAAAGACUUGCAUCAUAUACUCAGAAAUCAACCUGGACCAUGUGUUAAACUCACAGGGAGAAGUCUUGUUAGCAGUUGUAAUUACAAAACAAGGGGUAUUGUUGCUGUAUUGUGUCCAUGAAGACAGACUGCGGGUAUUCACAAUGAUGUAUGGAUACAAAAUGCACAUUGCAAUAAACCUUAUGUUUACACAAA